AUGGCACAGAACUUGUACGGCCCAAGAGUCCGGAUAGGAAACUGGAACGAGGACAUCUACCUGGAGGAGGAGCUCAUGAAAGACUUCUUAGAGAAGAGAGACAAGGGGGAACUUCUCAUACAGAGAAACAGAAGACUAAAAGGGAAUCUUUUGAGACAGAUGCAGCUUUCCGUGUCUGAAGAUGGAUGUAUUCACUAUGGUGACAAAGUGAUGCUUGUGAAUCCUGACCAUCCCGAGACAGAUGCUGAUGUGUUUCUGCCUGGGGACCUGAGCCUGUGUAUGACUCCAGAUGAAAUUAAAGCUUACCUGAGUGAUGAGUUGGAGGUGCCCUGUGGCCUGAGUGCAGCUCAAACCAAGAACCCGGUUGGCAGAAACACUUUCAUGAUUCUCAGUGUAGACAGAAAGGCCAUCGGUCAAGUCCUUAGAUACGGGGAGGACUUUUGUCUUGGCAUAACAGGAGGAUUUGAAGACAAAAUGUUAUACUUAGCAAGUGACCACCGGACCCUACUGAAAUCAUCCAAGAAGUCUUGGCUCCAGGAAGUUUACCUGACGGAUGAAGUCUCCUACCUGAACUGCUGGCAGGCUGCGUAUGUUGACCCCCAACUGCGCCUGGAAUAUGAAGGCUUGCCCAUCGCGGCAAAUGCAAAAAUCCUCAUCAAUCACUGCCACACGAAUCGGGGACUGGUGGCCCAUCGGCACCUUUUUAUAAGUACCUAUUUUGGAAAGGAAGUUGAGGUCGCUGCUCACACACAUCUGGAUUCACACAGAGUUGAAAAACCAAAGAAUCAUUGGAUGCUGGUCACUGGGAAUCCCAGGAAGGACUCAUCCACCAUUUUGGACCUGCCCAAACCCCGGGCGGAGGACACCCACGCCACAGAGCAAGCCAUGAGCCUUAACGCGCAGUAA